CAUACAAUAAAGCUUGGUCGUUUUUUCUUUCUCACGGUUUCUCCUCCUUUCAAACUAACUGUCUUGUUUUGUCAAUCUGGCACCGCCAUGAAUGCCAUAGCCACUGCUUCUGCUCCUACACUUCCAAUCUUCUGUAGAACAUCCAACACCAAAAAGGGUUUGAAAGGUAAAUUUAGAGUGUUUGCUGUAUUUGGAGAAGAGAAGAGAAAUCCAUGGGGUGCGCUCUUUGACGUAGAGGAUCCAAGAUCGAAAUUUCCACAGCUAAAAGGGAAGUUUUUGAAUGUAUAUCAAGCCCUGGAAUUGGCUAGGUUUGAUAUUCAGUACUGUGAUUGGCGAGCUCGGCAAGAUGUGCUUACCAUCAUGCUCCUCCAUGACAAGGUGGUCGAUGUUCUUAAUCCGCUAGCUCGUGAAUUUAAGUCCAUUGGCACCAUGAAAAAGGAGCUAGCUGAGUUGCAGGAAGAAUUGGAAGAUGCACACAGACAGGUCCAUAUAUCGGAAGCAAGGGUUGGCACUGCUUUAGAUAAACUAGCUUACAUGGAAGAAUUAGUAAAUGAUAGGCUGUUACAGGACAGAAGCACGGCUGAAGUUGCCCAGACACCCUCUCUUCCCAGUACUUCUACAAAAUCUGAGGAUAUUCCCAGUACUUCUACAAAAUCUGGGGAUAUUCAGAGAAGAAGGAAGCCACGGAAAAGCUUGAACGUCUCGGGUCCGGUUCAGUCAUACCAUCCCAACUUGAAGAAUUUCUGGUAUCCUGUUGCCUUCUCUUCUGGCCUAAAGGACGAUACCAUGAUCCCAAUAGAAUGUUUCGAGGAACCAUGGGUUAUCUUUCGAGGGAAAGAUGGGAGACCUGGAUGUGUCCAGAAUACCUGUGCACACAGAGCAUGUCCUCUGCACCUUGGUUCUGUAAAUGAGGGUCGUAUCCAAUGCCCCUACCAUGGCUGGGAAUAUACCACUGAUGGAAAAUGUGAGAAGAUGCCAUCAACUAGAUUGCUUGAUGUGAAGAUAAAAUCAGUUCCGUGUUUUGAGAAAGAGGGAAUGAUUUGGAUUUGGCCUGGCAGUGACGCCCCAGCUGCCACACUUCCAUCGUUAUUACCUCCUUCUGGAUUUCAAAUCCAUGCUGAGCUUGUCAUGGAACUUCCUGUUGAGCAUGGGUUACUUUUAGACAAUCUUUUGGAUCUUGCACAUGCCCCUUUUACUCACACUUCAACGUUUGCUAAGGGGUGGACUGUCCCCAGUAUGGUGAAGUUUUUGACACCUGCAUCUGGCCUGCAAGGAUACUGGGAUCCCUAUCCAAUUGAUAUGGAGUUUCGGCCGCCUUGCAUGGUUCUAUCAACAAUUGGAAUUUCGAAGCCUGGGAAACUGGAGGGACAAAGCACUAAACAAUGCGCAACGCACCUGCACCAACUUCAUGUCUGCUUACCAUCUUCAAAGGACAAAACAAGAUUGCUAUACAGAAUGUCUCUGGAUUUCGCUCCUUUGCUUAAGCAUAUACCUUUCAUGGAACAUCUAUGGAGGCAUUUCGCAGAGCAGGUUUUAAAUGAGGAUCUACGGCUAGUGUUGGGGCAGCAAGAGCGAAUGAACAAUGGUGCAAAUAUAUGGAAUUUCCCAGUUUCAUAUGACAAGCUUGGGAUAAGGUACAGGCUAUGGAGAGAUGCAUUAGAGAGUGGAGCUAGGCAACUACCCUUCACCUCAUACCUAGAGAAUACAGAUUAGAAAGUGUCAUUCGUCUCAUGCAGUGGUGCUUUUAUUUAAGAUCCAAUGAGGGAUUUUUUUUCUCUUUCUUUUUAACUCAAGGCUCUUGAACAACAUUGCAUUGCAAGGGCCACUUAGAACCCAUUUGGAUGCAAACCAAAUAGCACUUAUUGGAGUUUAUUCAGUGCACAUAUAAGCUCCAUUAAGCCCCGUAUCCAAACAGGCUCUUAGAAGCAGAUUGGCGGUUUUCAUGCCAUCCACGAGGCCGGCCAUCCGGGAACUGUUAUAUUCAUCAGAGAUUGUUCCUUUGCAAAAUGAUAGGACUAUACUCUUGAGUCUUGACACUUUUUUUCUUUCUUUCAAAUUUCUAUGUACAGUAUUAAACCCAUUUUUAUCUUGUGAUAUAUGGUUUACCAACUUAACGGGUGCCUUAACCUCACCCUUGAAUAAGAGGGUGUUUGUUGUAUGAUCCUGUAUUUUAGUCCAAUGUUAAUCAAGAAUUCCUGAUUGGUUUGGGUUACAAUCUCUGACCUUAUCCUUUCGUUUUUCCCAAAUAAUGUACAUACUCACUGAGCUGCAUGGAACUUGCAAUCAUGGCAAAUGCUUGUAACAGACAUUAUUGUGGGCUUGGUUCUU